CAAACGGCCCGCAGUGCCAGUGGCCGCAAAUCCCUCUCUGUCGCUCGCGCUAUCUUUUGCACGGUAGCCUACCCGCCAACUCAAAGCCAUCGCGACGUUACAUUGCCAGCUUAACCAGUCAAUAACGUUUCACUUCAAGUCGCAUAUGGCCGUUUGCGAAUCACAGGCGCCCCAUCGUUGAUCACUUGAAGUCGGGCAUCGGAGAAACUGAGGAAAAGUAACUCUAAGUGUAUACUUAACCAUGGCUUCCAAAAGCGAGAGCAGAGAUUGCUUCGGCUGGGCAGCAAGAGAUACAUCUGGUGUUCUUUCACCUUACAAAUUUAAUAGAAGGGCUCUUCAAGAUGGUGACGUUUCUCUAAGGAUAACCCAUUGUGGAGUCUGUUAUGCUGAUGUCGUCUGGACUAGAAAUCUGCUGAACAAUUCAAUUUAUCCUGUAGUGCCUGGGCAUGAGAUUGUUGGAGUUGUCACUGCAAUUAGCACUGGUGUUGCACACUUCAAGGUCGGUGACAUUGUUGGUGUUGGAACAUAUAUUAAUUCAUGCAGAACUUGUGAGUACUGUAAUUCUGACAAGGAAAACAAAUGUGCAAAAGGAGCAACUUCCACAUUCAAUGGCAUUGACACAGAUGGCACAAUCACUAAAGGGGGAUAUUCCAGUUAUAUAGUAGUCCAUCAAAGAUACUGCUUCAAGAUACCUGACGGUUACCCUCCAGAAUUGGCGGCACCUUUGCUGUGUGCAGGGAUCACUGUUUAUGCUCCAAUGAUUCACCAUAACAUGAACCAACCCGGAAAAUCUCUAGGAGUCAUUGGCCUCGGUGGCCUUGGGCAUAUGGCAGUGAAGUAUGGAAAAGCUUUUGGUUUGAAGGUGGUUGUUUUUAGUACUAGUACAUAUAAGAUGGAAGAAGCCUUGGAAAUCCUUGGUGCAGACGAGUUUGUGCUAUCUUCAGACGAGCAACAAAUGCAGGCCUUCUCUAACUCCCUGGACUUUAUUAUUGAUACUUCAUCUGGCCCGCACCCAUUUGAGCCUUACAUGUCUCUUCUGAAGACAGAAGGCACCCUGGUUUUGGUUGGCUUUCCAGGCGAAAUCCGGCUGUCUCCUGCAUCCCUUAUUCUCGGCUCAAAGACUAUUUCUGGGAGCUUAGUGGGUGGUACAAAAGACAUCAAGGAGAUGUUAGAGUUCAGUGCUGCCAAUAAGAUAUACCCAAAGAUCGAAUUGAUUCCUAUUACAUAUGUCAACGAAGCACUUGAUAGGCUUGUUAAGAGGGAUGUCAAGUACCGCUUUGUGAUAGAUAUUGAGAAUUCUCUCAAAUAAAUAGCACAUUAGGCUUUGUUUGGGACGGCUUUCUUAUUGUUUCUUAAAGCAGUUUUCUAAUAUAAAAAUUAAAACUUUUAUUCUAAAAAACUAUUUCAAGAAGCAGUAUAAAAACCGUCCCAAACAAACCUUUAGUCUUUCAGCCAUCUCAAAUAGAAAUUCUAUAUUUGUACUAUUCAAACUAUUUCGUAAAUCUGCUGGCUCACAAUAAGACGUAAAUAAUUCCUGAAUUUCAUGAGUGUUGACUCAUCUUUGGUAGUGUUGGAUUGAAAAUCUUUGUGAUUAGUGUAAUUUACUGCACAAA